UAUCUUUAUACGUAUAAAAAUAAAGAAGAAAAAUUACGUUAGAGUACUACAUGCAGUUAGCUGGGAAGAAUGGUGGACCUAUGAUGGUAUAUCAGGUCCUGCCUUUUGGGGUUUAAUUAAUCCCGAAUGGUCUUUGUGUAAUAAAGGACGAAGACAAUCACCAGUUAAUUUAGAACCUCAACGUUUAUUAUUUGAUCCUAAUUUAAGAAUAUUACACAUAGAUAAACAUAGAAUAAGUGGUUUAAUCACCAACACAGGUCAUAGUAUUAUAUUCACAGCGGGCAAUGAUACGGUUGCCAAUUAUGAUGGCAUGCAAAUGCCUGUAAAUAUUACAGGCGGUCCUUUAUCGUAUCGCUAUAGAUUUCAUGAGAUACACAUACACUACGGUCUACACGAUCAAUUUGGUUCAGAGCAUAGUGUGGAUGGUUAUACAUUUCCCGCUGAGAUACAAAUAUUUGGUUAUAAUUCUCAAUUAUACAACAAUUUUUCGGAUGCAUUAAAUAGAGCUCAGGGCAUUGUUGGUGUUUCGAUACUAUUGCAGUUGGGUGAUUUAUCGAAUCCCGAAUUACGUAUGUUAACCGACUCUUUGGAUCGUAUACGUUAUGGUGGAGAUGAAGCAUUUGUUAAACGUUUAUCCAUACGUGGCUUAUUACCGGACACUGAUCACUAUAUGACGUAUGAUGGUUCAACCACGGCACCCGCCUGUCAUGAAACUGUUACAUGGGUGGUUUUAAAUAAACCAAUUUAUAUUACAAAGCAACAGGUGAGUUUUUUUUUGUCCAGACUGUGUAAUAAGAGUAUACAAAAGUAA